CAUAUUGAAAAAAAAUUAUAUUGAAGAGAAAUUGUCAAAAGAAAAUCAACUCUUUCUCGUAGUUUUAACACAGAAACAUGCCGGAUUACUUAGGAAAAGACCAGAGAAAAGUUCGUGGAGAUGAAGAAAAAGAAGACAAGCCAAUUCAAGUACUCGAUGAGGGUGAUAUAGCUGUUUUAAAGACUUAUGGAGCUGGCGUCUACAGUAAAUCAAUCAAAAAAGUUGAAGACGAUAUCCAGUCAACACUUAAAAAAGUUAACGAGCUUAUAGGAAUCAAAGAAUCAGAUACUGGUCUAGCACCACCGGCAUUAUGGGAUUUAGCAGCUGAUAAACAGACUUUACAUGGUGAACAACCUCUGCAGGUUGCACGAUGUACUAAGAUCAUUAAUGCAGACACAGAUGAUGCCAAAUAUAUUAUAAACGUCAAACAAUUUGCCAAGUUUGUAGUUGAUCUUGGUGACCAAGUUGCACCUACUGAUAUCGAAGAGGGGAUGAGAGUGGGUGUUGAUAGAAAUAAAUAUCAGAUACAUAUUCCUCUGCCACCAAAGAUAGAUCCAACGGUCACUAUGAUGCAGGUUGAGGAAAAACCUGAUGUUACAUAUUCUGAUAUUGGUGGAUGUAAGGAACAAAUUGAUAAACUAAGAGAAGUUGUUGAGACUCCAUUAUUACAUCCUGAGAGAUUUGUCAAUCUUGGUAUUGAACCACCUAAAGGAGUUCUAUUAUUUGGUCCUCCUGGUACUGGAAAGACUCUGUGUGCAAGAGCUGUAGCAAACAGAACUGAUGCUUGUUUCAUUAGAGUUAUUGGCUCAGAGCUGGUCCAGAAAUAUGUUGGUGAAGGAGCUAGAAUGGUCAGAGAACUGUUUGAAAUGGCAAGAACUAAGAAAGCUUGUAUUGUUUUCUUUGAUGAAAUUGAUGCCAUUGGAGGUGCAAGAUUUGAUGAUGGUGCCGGUGGAGAUAAUGAAGUGCAGAGAACUAUGCUUGAGCUAAUCAACCAACUUGAUGGCUUUGAUCCAAGAGGAAACAUUAAAGUCCUCAUGGCUACAAACAGACCAGAUACACUUGAUCCUGCUUUGAUGAGACCUGGUCGUCUUGAUCGUAAAGUAGAGUUUGGUCUACCUGAUUUAGAGGGAAGAGCACAUAUAUUCAAGAUUCAUGCUCGUUCAAUGAGUGUAGAAAGAGAUAUCAGAUACGAACUACUAGCAAGACUCUGUCCAAACAGCACAGGGGCUGAAAUAAGAAGUGUUUGUACAGAAGCAGGAAUGUUUGCCAUCCGGGCCAGAAGAAAGGUUGCUACAGAGAAAGAUUUUCUAGAGGCCGUUAACAAGGUUAUCAAGGCAUAUGCAAAGUUCAGCUCAACACCAAGAUACAUGACCUAUAACUAAACUUAUUGUAAAGAAUAAUAAUUGGUCGACCAAUGUACAAAUGCACCUUAAUAAAACUAUAAAGUUGACUUA